CAGCUGUUGUUGAUAGUCAUUCCAAGGGGGAAAAAAUCAAUCGAGGGAUCGUACAAAUUGGAAAUGGAAACCCUAGCGAUAACCACCGGCGUCGUUUCUGUGCCGAUAUUCUCUGCCAAAAAGUCCAGAGAUCACUCGUUCCGGAGGCUCCUCCGAUUCUCGACAUCGCCUAAAAAUGGUGAUAAUAGCAGGUACAGCGACGAGAAUGAUCUUAAGUCGAAUUCCGCUGAUUCCGCGCUCGUUCCCAUACUCGGAAAUGGGACGCUGUCUAAGGAUGCUGCGAUGGGGCUUGUUUUGAGCGCGGCGAACGUUAGAGGAUGGACAACUGGAUCGGGCAUGGAAGGUCCGCCUGUACCGGCCAGUUCGGAAUCGGACGCUGGUAUGGAGCGCGUCUCCACUUUCCCGUGGUCGCUCUUUACAAAAUCCCCACGGCGGCGAAUGCGAGUGGCCUUCACAUGUAACAUCUGCCGCCAGCGCACAACUCGUGCCAUUAAUCCACACGCCUACACAGACGGCACUGUUUUUGUUCAGUGCUGCGGGUGUAAUGCAUUUCAUAAGCUGGUGGACAAUUUGAAUCUGUUCCAGGACAUGAAGUGCUAUGUGAAUUCGAGUUUCAAUCCAAAUCCAGAUAACGGCGUGAGCUUCACAUAUUUUAACUUGGAUGAGGAUAACAAUGAUGAUAUUUUUCCUCUUUUAUGAGAGCUGAUAAAUGCUGGCAGUGCAAUUGUUGUAUUGGGGUCUGUUUAGUGAUGUAUAUUCUAUUGGUCUUUUAUAGAACUGUAUUUCAUCAAAGCUUGUAAAUAGGAGUUGAACUAUUUUUAUUACUGAAUAAAGUUCUACGUUGUUCA